AUGGCUUACAUUAGCAUGCACAUCUUCUUCGACCACUUCUUUACCUGGAGGGCAACAUGGGGUCCAUCAAUGCUUCCCACCCUGAACGCAAGUGGCACGACCGUCAUCAUAUCCAAAUAUUACCGUCGCGGACGGGGCAUUGAGGUCGGCGACAUGGUCUCGUUCAAGCAUCCCGUUCAAAGCGAAAUGAAUGCCAUCAAGAGAGUGAUUGGUAUGCCCGGUGACUUUGUGCUAAGGGACACACCUGAUCAAGGAGAUGGUACUAUGAUACAGGUCCCAACUGGUCAUUGUUGGCUUGUCGGCGACAAUCUGCCUGCCUCACGCGACUCGAGAAUUUACGGUCCCGUCCCUCUAGCUCUUAUCAAGGGCAAGGUCAUCGCUCUCUGGAAUAACUGGUUAGAGUUUCCUAAAUCUGUCCAGCCCGCUUUUCAGGACGUCCAGGACGUCCAGGACGAGGGUUGA